ACGAACAAGGAGGCCUUAUGGGGCUUAACUACAAACCUCGGUACAGAUGAGUGACAUGACCAUUGACAUACCUAAAAACACCAACCUGAAAUAGUCUUUACCCCAAACCGUCUGUAAAUCGCCAUUUGCAAAGAAGACCUUUGAUUCUGAGAAAACAUGAGUGGCCAAGCAGCAGCAGCACCAUUCUGGAGGGCUGCAGGAAUGACUUACAUAACCUACUCUAACAUCUGUGCUAGUCUCGUCAGAAAUUGUCUCAAAGAGCCUUUCAAAUCUGAAGCUCUGGCUAGAGAGAAAGUUCAUUAUGCCGUUUCCAAAUUCGCUGAUGGCAAACCACAGAAACAAACCAUCCGAUCUGAUACUGAACAGGAUUAAAUAGGCGUGCUAUGACCGCCCUUGUGAGAAUUGCUUCAUGUUAAUGUUCUAAAAGGUCAUUGAUUCAGUUUUUGUAAGUGUUAGACUUGAAGGUUGUAAUGUCGGAAAACACUGAAAUUGUUGCAUUGUGGCCUUCGAGUGUUAUAAAAUAAUAAUGCAAUUUCAAUCAUCUUGAUUAAUUUAGAAGGGUCUUUGUUCCCUA